AUGCCAUAUAACAUUGCUAUGGUCAGUGACUUCUUUUUCCCUCAGUCGGGGGGAAUUGAGAGUCACAUCUACCAACUGUCGUCCAAACUGAUUGAUCGUGGCCACAAAGUCAUCAUUAUCACCCAUGCAUACAAAGGUCGAACAGGUGUCCGAUAUCUUACGAAUGGACUCAAGAUCUACCACGUUCCUUUCUUUGUCAUCUACCGCGAGACCACCUUUCCAACCGUCUUCUCCUUCUUCCCUAUUUUCCGAAAUAUUGUAAUUCGAGAACAAAUCGAGAUUGUUCAUGGCCAUCAAAGUCUUAGCAGCUUCUGCGGUGAAGCUAUUCUUCAUGCGCGUACAAUGGGUCUGCGAACCGUCUUCACCGACCACUCUCUUUUUGGGUUUGCCGACGCUGCCUCGAUCCUUACCAACAAACUUCUCAAAUUUACGUUAAGUGACGUUGAUCACGCUAUCUGCGUCAGCCAUACUUGCAAGGAGAAUACGGUCCUCCGAGCUUCAUUAGAUCCAUUAAUGGUAUCAGUGAUCCCCAAUGCUGUCGUUGCAGAGAAUUUUUGCCCCUUAUAUACGCCUCGUGCCCCGGAUCACGUUCCUGCUUCUCUGGCCGAUCCACGACUAUCCCCUACACUAAUCGGACCUAAUGAUACGAUCACAAUUGUGGUCAUCUCCCGUCUUUUCUAUAACAAAGGCACCGAUCUAUUAAUCGCGGCUAUUCCUCGAAUCCUUGCCGUCAAUCCUAAUACCCGCUUUAUCAUUGCUGGCUCGGGUCCUAAAGCUAUCGACCUUGAACAGAUGUUAGAACGGAAUGUCCUGCAAGACAAGGUUGAGAUGCUAGGAUCAGUACGUCACGAAGAAGUUCGAGAUAUCAUGGUACGAGGCCAUAUUUACCUACAUCCUAGCUUAACAGAAGCCUUUGGCACAGUCAUUGUCGAAGCCGCUAGUUGUGGGUUAUAUGUGGUCUGUACCCGAGUUGGAGGUAUCCCUGAGGUCCUUCCCCAACAUAUGACUACGUUUGCGAAACCAGAAGAGGAUGACUUAGUCGUUGCUACAAGUAAAGCAAUCGCGGCCCUACGCUCGAAUAAAGUACGGACCGACCGUUUCCACGACCAGGUGAAAAUGAUGUAUUCAUGGCGGGAUGUGGCCGAGCGGACAGAGCGGGUCUACCAAGGCAUUACGGGCGAUAUACCCCCAGAGGAAUUCUAUGGCUAUUAUCCAGGCCAAGGCUGGGAAGCUAGUGGUGACAGAGUUCGUAGCUUUGCCCUCAUUGACCGGCUCAAACGAUACUAUGGCUGUGGUGUUUGGGCGGGCAAGUUGUUCUGUCUGUGUGUUGUGAUUGAUUACCUUCUCUAUGUUUUUCUCGAGAUGUGGUUCCCCCGGGCUAAUAUCGACAUUGCGAGAAGCUGGCCGAAGAAACAGGCACAGGAAAAGUCUCACCCAUCUGCCAUUUCCCAAGGACAACAGUAA